UCCACAUUGCUAUAUGUACGCGUAUAAUACAACCCUCUCUCUUUCUCGCUCUUCCUUGUUAGAAUUUAGACGUUUGAAGGUAUACCAAAGCUCUUCGCAUCGCGUCGCGCCGCGUCGCGUUGAGUCGUCGGGACUACCCUCCUCCGUCCCGGUCUUCGACGGAUCUCUCACGAAAGCGAGAGAGGAGAAGAAUCACGCUGCAGAGCAGCACGUGUGCUGCACUCGCGUGGAUCGCGCGCGACUAGCCGCGAGAGUGAAGGGGUGUCCUCGCGAGCAAAUAUCAGCCACGACUUCGGUUGGAGCAGUAGAUCGGAGUAAAGAAUCGGAGUGUCGGAUCUCGCGCAAGUGACAGCGACGGACCCUGCGACUCACCUCCGGGGACUGUGAUUCGUAUAUGCGAGGUGCAACGAAAGUAGGAAUCAGCUAACGGAUUCGCAGUGGUGCCUCAGUCGAGCGAAGACGUCGGAGGGAGGACGGACACCGUCGGCCGUCGGCAGCUCUUGUGAACGAGAAGUGUUUAAAGGCCCGAAGAUUCUGCCUUCGCAGCAACUGGGCGCUGCGGUCGCUCCAUGGCCGGGCGCAACCGGCCUCAUAGCUUCGGUCACUGCUGACGACAUGGCACACAAAGGACACAGCGGGGUAAACCAGCUGGGGGGUGUCUUCGUCGGCGGUCGGCCACUUCCGGACUCAACACGGCAAAAGAUCGUCGAGCUUGCACAUUCGGGCGCACGGCCAUGUGACAUCUCCAGGAUACUACAGGUCAGCAACGGCUGUGUCUCCAAGAUCCUCGGCAGGUACUAUGAGACCGGAUCUAUAAGGCCCAGGGCCAUAGGCGGCAGCAAACCGCGCGUGGCAACGGCAGAGGUCGUCAGUAAGAUCUCCCUCUACAAAAGUGAGUGCCCGUCCAUCUUCGCGUGGGAGAUUCGAGAUCGCUUGUUGCAGGAGGGAGUGUGCACGAACGACAACAUCCCGAGUGUGUCCUCGAUCAACAGGGUACUGAGAAAUCUGGCCGCGCAGAAGGAGCAGAGGCAGCAGCAACAACAGCAGCAACAAGGGGUGGGCGGCGUGGGGGUUGGCGUUGGUGCCGGCAGUCCGGCGGAGAGCGUUUACGAUAAACUCAGGCUACUAAACGGACAGACUACCGGCUGGCCGCGACCCAAUCCCUGGUAUCCGUCGAGCGCGGGAAGUCCGUUUUCGUCGAUACAAUCUAGUUUGAGUCCGAGCCAUUGUUCGUCUCUGCCACCGGAUCCAGCGGAUAUAUUGCACGCGAAGAAAGUAACCGAGCUCGAGGGUGGCGCGCACUCGGACGAGACGAAUAGCGGUGGUGACAACAGCAACGCUGGCAGCGUGUCAGGCGGCGCCGAUGACGAUCAGGCGCGUCUUCGCCUAAAGAGGAAACUGCAGAGGAAUCGCACGAGCUUCAGCAACGAGCAGAUCGACGCGCUCGAGAAGGAGUUCGAAAGGACGCAUUACCCGGACGUAUUCGCCAGGGAAAGACUCGCCGGCAAGAUUGGCCUACCGGAGGCACGAAUACAGGUCUGGUUUUCGAAUCGGCGGGCCAAGUGGCGGCGCGAGGAGAAAUUGCGCACGCAACGGAGGGAUAAUCCACCACCGCCACCGCAGCAGCAGCAGCAACAGCAACAACAGCAACAGCAACACACUGCCGGCGUGAGUCUAGUGGGUGCUGGCCAUCCGACGCCGCCGCCACCUUCGGGGAUACUCGGGGGCCAGCCGCCUCCGCAGGCACCACCCUCACCCCCUAGAAUACAUCAUGGGUUUGCGCCCACCGCUGUGUACCCCGGAAUACCCAGCAUGCCUGAUUCGUACAGGUCUAAUAUCACCUGGCGUAAGUGUGCCGAUCGCGGUACCAGGUCAACCGGCACCCGACAUGGCGGCGCAAUAUUGGUCACCGAGGCUGCAGUGACCGUGGUGGUCGUCGAUGUCGACCUCAUCUCCGUAGACUUGAGCUUCUUCAUCUUUCUAGCUUACUAUGUCGUGUACGAGAAAAUGACGCACAGUCACGCGAUCGCGAAGCGUCAAGUCUCCGGAAAUCCACGUGUUAUGGUCGAUCAUGCGUGCGACUGUUCCGUAGUAUAAUAUAAAAUAAAUCGAAGUGGGCUAUCAUACCCGUACGUCUCGUUCAAGCCAAAGUUCCAUGUGGAAACGAGUUUGAUCUGUCCGUAUUCGCGUCCGCUCUAUUCUCGUUUUUUAUCUUAUUUUAUUUUAUUUUUUGUCAGACGGGUGCAUUAUUUCGGAAAAUUUCGAGGAAGCGUCACUGCGAAUUCGCUGGCGCUCACUAAUGAAGAUCAUCCGAAGCACAAAGAUCUCAGUUUAUUCUGUCACCUCCGAUGAGGGCGAGGAACUAGAUUCAUAACUGAAUGGCUCUAGCGUGACUCCGUUUGUGUAAACUAACAACAAAUUUACAGUGUACUACUCGUGUAAUUACAAUACAAUUU